AUGCACAUGUUCAUUGCCCGCUACUGUGAUCUGCUGCAUGUGGACAUAUCGUGCGACGGCUGUGACGAGAUCGCGCCUUGGCACCGUUACCGCUGUUUGCAGUGCAACGAUAUGGAUCUUUGUAAAACCUGUUUUUUGGGCGGAGUGCGACCCGAAGGCCACGAGGCCGGCCACGACAUGGUGAACAUGGAGUAUGCCUGCAACCACUGCCAGGGCAUCAUCGUUGGCCAGCGCAUACACUGCAACGUGUGUGAAGAUUUCGACCUCUGCUUUGGGUGUUACUCUACAAAGAAAUACCCCGACAGCCACUUGCCCACGCACAGCAUCACCGUGCACCCCAUGACAGCCGUUCGGAUCAGUGACCGGCACAGGCUCAUCCAGCCGUACCUCCACAACUACUCCUGGCUGCUCUUCUCCACCUUGGCUCUCUACAGUGCCGACCUGUCCAGUGGCGAGCAGGUGGACGGUGAGCCGCUCAGCCCCCAGGCCAUCUCUCACGCCCGGGCCUUGCAGCAGGAGUGCGUCCGGCUCAUCGGGGACUGCCUCAUGAAAGUGCAGCAUGGAAAAGGUUCGAAAAGUCUUGCUCUGCUAUGCAUGUUGCCAGAAGAUGAAUCUUUAUGUGACAGUAUGAAGCCGCCUGUUGAUCCUUGUGCGGACAGUGGUGUAGAAAGCCACUCUCGUAAAGAUGCUGUGGGAGCGAUUAAGGCGGCCUCUACGCAGUUCACGCUUUGCAAUGGUGAUGGAGAUACGGAAGCAACGCAGGCCUCUCUCAACACCAAACCGGAGCACAGACUGAAAGCAGAGGGUGUGCUUUCCAGUAGAUUUGCACAAGAGAAAGAAGUGUCAAAAGAGAGAGAAGCACCUGCUUUGAAUUCAGGCUUGCUUGCAAAAGAUGGCAUGUCUCCAGAUGCUGAAGUGGUGGGUGUUUUGUCACCCAAUCAAGCUGAUGGAGAGGCAGUGCCUACUCAGGAGGAGGUCUUUGCUGAAUGUUCCCAGAAGAGGAUUCUUGGCCUGCUGGCUGCCGUGCUGCCGCGCUUGAAAUCGGGCUCAACAAUGUCUCUAAUUAACCUGGAUAAGAUCCUCCCCCUCAUGAUUGAAGUGGUUGUCUCCAACGCUGGCCACCUGAAUGAAACUUACCACUUGACCCUGGGGCUUCUCGGGCAGCUGAUUCGGAGGCUGACCCCCCCAGAAGUCGACGAGGCCGUCUCCAAGGUCCUCUCCGCAAAGCACAGCUUGGUUGCCACCGGGGAUGGCACCCCUAUGCCAGGGGGCUGGAAAACGACCCACCUGCUCUUCAGUUUGGGAGCCCUCUGCUUGGACAGCCGCGUGGGCCUGGACUGGGCCUGCACGAUGGCCGACAUCCUUCGAGCGCUGAACGCCUCCCCGCAGUGGCACGAAGUGGUUGCCGCGUUCACGGACCACUGCAUCAAGCAGCUGCCCUUCCAGCUGAAGCACACCAACAUCUUCACUCUCCUGGUGCUUGUCGGGUUCCCAGAGGUCCUGUGCACGGGAACCAGAUCGGUCUACAUGGAUAAUGCCAACGAGGCACAUGACGUGAUCAUCCUCAAGCAUUUCACAGAGAAGAACAGGGCAGUGGUUGUGGAUGUUAAAACCCGGAAGAGGAAAACAGUGAAGGACCUGCAGUUGGUUCAGUCCUGCGGGCGAGACGAGGAGGCGUCGCAGGGCCAGCUGCGCCAGUACCUGCAGCACUUCGUGUUCAUCGCGAGCCACCUUCUCCAGGCCAGCGUCAGCGGCUGCUUUGCAGAAGCCGUCGAGGCCACCUGGGUCUUAUCGCUUGCCUUGAAGGGCCUGUACAAGACGCUGAAGGCACAUGCCUUUGAAGAGAUCCGCGUGGCCUUUCUGCGGACGGGUUUGCUUAAGCUGCUGGUGAAGAAGUGCAGCAAAGGAACGGGCUUCAGUAAAACCUGGCUCCUCCGGGACUUAGAGAUCUUGUCCAUCAUGCUCUUCUCCUCCAAACGGGAGAUCAGCUCCCAGGCUGAGCACAAGGACUCCGCCCUCGACGAAGGAGACCAGGAUCCAGCUCGCGACCAGUCCGAUGUCACUCCCACCGACGUGGAGCAGAGCAGGCUCGACCCGCUGGAAGGCUUGGACGAAACCACCAAGAUCUGCUUCCUGAUGACCCACGAUGCCCUGGACGCGCCUCUGCACAUCCUCCGGGCCAUGUAUGAGUUGCAGAUGAAACGGACCGAUUCUUUCUUCCUGGAGGUUCAGAAGAGAUUUGACGGUGAUGUGGUCACAACAGAUGAGCGGAUUCGAACACUGGCUCAAAAGUGGCAGCCCAGUAAGCGACUGCGGACAGAGGAGCAGAAUUCCAAAGCACUGGAUACGGAUAUGAUCAUCAUGCCGUGCCUGUCGAAACCUGCCCCCUGCCACAAAGCCACCGAAGAAUCCAGCCCUGUCACCCAGAAGCUCAUCACGCACACGGAGAGCGACCUGCAGCUCAGCUUCGCCAAGCAGCGCCGCAGCAAGAGCUCGGUCCUCCUGCACAAGGAGCUGGACUCCCGGGGCAAGAAAGCUGUGCGGGGCCACCUCCUCCGGGUCAACGAGGCCACUGCAGUCCUCUAUGCCAGGCAUGUCCUCGCACUGCUGCUGGCUGAGUGGCCCGACGGCGUGGCGCUAAGUGAGGAGAUGUUGGAGCUCAGCGGCCCGGCCCACAUGACCUACAUCUUGGACAUGCUCUUGCAGCUGGAGGAGAAGCAGCUCUGUGAGAAGAUUCUCCUGAAAGUGCUCCGUGGGUGCCGUGGGAGCAUGCUCGCCACCAUGGCGCUCACAGCCUGCCAGUUCAUGGAAGAGCCGGGGGUGGCCGUCCAAGUACGCGAGUCCAAGCACCCGUACAACAACAACACGAACUUUGAGGAUAAAGUGCACAUCCCCGGAGCGAUCUACCUCUCGGUCAAGUUCGACGCGCAGUGCAACACGGAAGAGGGGUGUGACGAGCUGCUCGUGGCCAGCAGCUGCGACUUCGUCCACGAUCGGCACACCUUCAGCGGGCCUCCACACAAGUGGACAGACUUCGAGCUUCCAGGAGACACGCUCUACUAUCGGUUCAUCACUGACAUGAGCAACACCGAGUGGGGCUACAAGUUCACGGUGUUGGCAGGUCACCUGGGGCGUUUCCAGACAGGGUUUGAGAUCCUGAAGCAAAUGCUGUCUGAAGAAGGGGUCGUUCCCCACAUCCCGAUGGCCAAGGUGUGGGAGUGGCAGGUGGGUGUGGCUUGCCGACAGACCGGCCACCAGCGGCUGAAGGCCAUUCACCUGCUCCUGAAGAUAGUGCAGCGCUCCAGCGAGAGGGGCUGCGACCUCACCUUGCUGAAGCCGCUGUGGCACCUCUUCAGCUGCAUGGAAAACAACAUGCGCCAAGACGUCACCAAGCCGGGCAUCCUGCUCCCACUGCACCGGGCGCUCACUGAGCUCUUCUUCGUGACUGAGGGCAGAGUCCGGGAACUCGGAUCUCAGCAGGAUUACUUGCUUGCCUUAAAUACGGAAGACCAUCUCCACCGCUGCACAGCACAGGCCCUGAAGAACAUUGCUGCUAUAAGCCUGGCCAUUAACUAUCCCAACAAAUCCACGAGCCCCUGGAAUGUUUAACCGUGGCUCCUGUGGCUUGGGAUGGAGGGCGGGCGGCACCUCGGAGCCUUGGCGUGUGCGUCUUCCCUCGGAUCAGGGACCGUAGGACGAGAGGGACUCUUCUGCUUCCGUGUACAUCCACUCUGCUGCCAGCCGACUGACUAUCGACCUUCUUCCUUCCUUCUGCCCCAGCGUAGAUUCUUUAAAAAGACAGACAAGCGCACACCUCCCAGGAAACGGCGCAGAUCCGGAGCGCCUCUCGCCUCACCUAGAGUCAUAUAUGAGCUUCUAUUGUAGCAUGUCUGUGGAACAGUAUUUACGUUCUUUGAAUAUCAGAAGGAAAGGGAAAGAUGGGCUGGAGGGGAUGAGAAAGGGGUCUCGCCCUCCCCGCAUCCUGAAUCACGAGCCGGCUGAGCACCGCACUGCAGAGUGGCGUGUUGGCUGUGAGCGGGCUGCAUCGCCACGUCAGCUUGGUCGGGACUGCCAGAAGAGGCCACGGGGAUUUUCCCAAGCACGGCAGGACAGUAAGCUGCCUCCCCUGCCUCCUGGAGGGCCGUUCGUAGCAGCAGCUUCAGCUGAUUUGGCUGAGGAGGGAAUAGAAGGAGGGGGGACGGCAGAAAUUCUCGGAGUAGGGGGAGCACGUGGCUGCUGAGCGUUAGCCGUGGUUUCCCGUAUAGGGCUGUGGACUCGUGGCCUGGAUGCUGGACACUGUCGCCGUGGGCUAACAAGGAAAGGAGCGCAUUCACCUCUUCCAAGGUGGGGUGACACCACCACCACACAGCCCCGCCUGCAGCUGGAGGGUGCCGUAAAGCGGUGGGUUUUCUGUCCGACUCCUCUUUCCCCCUUUCCGGGGGGGGGGGGGGGGGGGUGCCAGGCCAGCUGCUCAGAUGUGGAGGAUGGAAGCUGGCGGGUGCCCUGUGCCCCGAGCUGUCUGAUUGCAGGAGACUUGCUGCUCAAGCAUUUCCCAGGUUCUGCAGAGAGACGGGCCUGGACUAGCCAGCAGUAAGGGAGCCCAUCCGCGUAGGCCGGUUCCGGCGGCGGCGGUCUGCUUUGCUGUAUGCAGAAGGCCACUGCCUUCUGGAAAGGCAGCCGUGUCUUCGCCACCACGGCGAGCGGCGAUCAGAACCCCAGAGGAGGGCUGUGGGGGGAGCGUGUUUGGGGGAAGCAGGGAGGCGGUGCCCACAUUUGAGCACUUGAGGACGAUUGGAAAGGGAUGCGGGCCUCGCCAGCUUUGGCAGGAUCACAGUCGGGCAGGGCAUCCCUUUUGACGACGGGGAACAUCCCCGUCGGAAGGCCUCCAGUGCACAUGGUGCCGCUUCUCGCCCUCAGGCCUGUCGAGCCAUAGCCUGCGCCCACCCCCUCGCAUGCGCGACUCCACAUUGCCAGGUCUCCUCUGAGGCCGGGGUCGUGGGAGGUGUUUCCUUUUCUAAGCACGGCUGCGUGUCGUCUUCCGAGCAUAUCGAGGGAGAAGCAGGACAGAUUUCUCCCCAGCGGUGGGCAUUUUCCAAAGCCUGUCUUAAUUUGUGAGUAGCUAAAGGGGGCACAGGGGAUCCAGGGGCGGGAGGGGGGGAGUCCAUCACAAACACACCUGAAACUACCACAUUUUCUCUCCCCCCCCCGCCCCCACUCUCGCUGCCUAUUUUAAACCAAACCAAAACGGAAAGCACCUGAACCGUCUUCAGGGACGCGGCAGGUACAGAACCUCCGAAUCCGCCCUGCCGUGGCUUUCUCUUCCUUCAGUCUCUGUCUGGCGUCUAGUUUUGCUUUUUUACCGAAUCGUAGGCAUGUAGAACGACCGCAGGAUCAUGCCUGUCGGUCGCCGCGUUCGGCAGGAAUUCUGGAGCCAACGAAAGGCCCUUUGCCAGCCACUCUCCACGGAACUCGCCGGGCCAGGGAUGGAGUCGGCUUCUGCCAUAGCCUUGCCUUGGUUGCUUGGGCAUUUCUCCUCCGCACAUGUCGGAAGUACUCUCUUCAUUUUACCCAGGAUGACAGCAUGAAGAGGCGGCUAGGAUCUCGCACAGGGCCUGUCCCUUGCUGGUGCACUUUGCAGCGUGCCGGACUGCGUAGCGGGCCUGAAAGUGCACCAGCCGGGCCAUCCAAACUGUACCGAUGGAGGGGGUGUGUGGGGGAGAGCAUCGUGUGCCUCUAGCAAAGAUUUUGUGUGUUAAAUUGCACCUGACAUGUUGAGAAAACCCCAUCACCCUAGCACUUCUGUUUUUCAAUCUCCAUGCUCAAAGGGGUGGCUAUUUAAUUUUCUUACGGGUUUGUUUUCUUUGGCUUCACACAAUUUAAUCACUGGGGCGGGUGGGGGGUAUUUUGGUUGAAGAUGAUUAAAAUCAACCCCAUAGAUUUAUUCUUGUUUGGUUUAACAUGUAUUAAAAUAUAUUGAUGCAGUGGAUAUAUGCAAAUGCAGAGAUAUAUUGUAAAAAAACCUAUUAAAAUCAAAGGAUGAG